GGGAAUGUUUCAAUAUCACACUUGAGUCAUAGUCCAAUUUUUUCGUUUCAGUUUUGCUACAGGGUGCGUUGCGUCAAGUGCAACAGAAAAGUUGGUUACGCUUGAAACGAAUUGGGUUUCAGUUGCAAAUUUCUUGUACUUGUGAAUUUCAUUGUGUCAGAACGCACCGAUGGCUACGAUUCCGAUUCAUUCUCCCGUUAUCCCAUUUUUGGGGCUUAUUCCGGGUGGAUUGAGCCACGGACGCAUGCUGCGCAUAAAAGGCAUUAUUACCAAACAUGGCGAACGCUGUCAAAUUCAUAUUCAAUCCGGUGCAGCUUUGUCGCCGCGGGACGACGUCACGUUGCACAUCAGCAUCCGUCCGAACGAGUACGCCAUCGUUCGGAAUACGAUCAAGAACCAGGUGGUCGGUCCGGAGGAGCGUCACGGCGGUUGCCCGGUACGCUACGGUGAGCCGUUCGAUUUGCUGAUACUGGCGGAAGGAGGGCAGUACAAAAUUGCCUUCAAUGGAGUGCACUUUUGCACGUUCGCCCACCGUUUGCCGGUGCAUCACGGCCGUUACAUCGCGAUCAGUGGCGGUUGCGUGAUUUAUUCGAUCCUCUCCGAGCACGAUCAGCCAGGUUCUUCGUCAUACCAGCCGAACAUGCCAUCAUCGUACCCACACUCGAUAGGAUUCGCUCCACCUCCACCGCCAUCGAUGCCAAUGGCGCCACCACCACCGUACACACCCCUACCUACGCACCCGAUCGGUGGCGGUGGUGGACACUACAAAGAUUUGUAUCCUCCGCCACCACCGCCACCGAUGACAGGAUAUCCGCACCAUCCUGUACCUUACCAACCGGCCGUGCCCUUCUCGGUUCAACCACAUAUCCCCCCAACGUCAAAGGGAAGUAAGACGGUAAAGAUGAAAGAGAUGCUUGCAGGUGGAAUUAAUCAAACGCAAUAUUUGAUCCGCAAUGCAAUGGGUAGGGCGUCUGAUCAUCCAACCCAUCCGGUGCCUUCAACCCCAGCUGCUAGUCCCUGGGUUCAUAAUGAUCAGCAAACCGCUGACCAGUCCGGAUGGGUUAUGGUGCCACCGUCGGUUCCAGUCGGUGGUGGUCAAAACUCUCAACCAUACCACCCUUGGGGCCAACCCUACCCGACAACCGCUGGCCAGUCCGGAUGGGUUAUGGUGCCACCAUCAGUUCCAGCCGGUGGUGGUCAAAACUUUCAAUCAUACCACCCUUGGGGCCAACCCUACCCGACGACCAUAGGACACCAACAGCAGGCAACAAGUGGUAGUGGAUUCCCGAUGGCUGGUGCAGAUGCGACAAUAUUAUCGCAGUCCCUGUCCAAAAGGAAACAAAAGAAACUGUUAAAAUACGGUGCCGCAGCGGGAGUAGCCGGUCUAGGGGGUUACGCCUUGGCGAAGGGUAUUCGACGCAAAGGGAGCAGUAGCAGCAGUAGUGAUAGUGAUUAAAAAUUGAUUAUCAUAAGCUUGCCACAUAAAUACCGUUUAAUUUGUGCACAAUAAAGCACAGUAACGAAUUCUUGUAGAUGCUUUACCGUCACGAAGUUUAACCAAAAAUGCAUAUCUUAACCAAACAGAAAAAAUAAAAUGUUACAUAC